AAAAUAUCCCUCUGAAUUGUUGGGAGUUAAAAAAAAUCCCACACCAAUCUGUGUGGAUAUAUUUUCUCUGGUUUCUUUAAAAUAUAUUUUUCCUCUCCCAUUGUUUCCCUUUUAUUUUGUCUCUGUCUUUUUAAAGGAAUGGACACUGAGGAUGGGGAGUUUCAGGACAGCUGUGUUCGUUAAAUUUCACAGUGAAUCAGAGAGAAGGUUGAAACAGGACUCAAGAAAAAACAGACAGGGAGACACUGUAACAAGAACAGAGGAAGAGAACAUUUUCCAUCUGCAACAGUAACUUUUUUUCCCUGCAUCCUCUCUUAGUGAGAAUUUGGAAGUCCCCACUCCCACCUUUUUAAAAAAAACAAUCCUCUUCGAUCCUUUCUCUCCCUCCCCCCCCAAAAAAAAAAUCUGGUUAAAAAAUCACCAUCGAUUCCAGAGAAUUUUUGUUUUUUUUUCCCACCCCUCCCUGAAGAAAAAGGACCUCUUCUGGUUUGGUUUGUUGGGGCUGAGGAUUUGAUUUCAUUUUUUUCUGUUUCAGUUUGUUUGUUGUGUGUUUUUUUUUCGUGGCAUACUCGGAAUGUUCUGUUGGGUUCCCCAAAUGGGCACGAACUGUAGAACAAAGACCGUCACCUUGUGUUGGGGUUUGCUGAUUGUCUGCACCUCUCUCACUCUGGGACAGACAGAUGCCGAAAUAUGCAGUGGUAUGGAUAUCAGGAAUCACGUGAGUGAUCUCCGACAGCUGGAGAACUGUACCAUCAUCGAAGGUUACCUGCAGAUCCUACUCAUCUUCAACGGCAAAGCAGAAGACUUCCGUGCCCUCCGAUUCCCAAAGCUAACGGUUAUCACCGACUACCUGCUGCUGUACCGCGUCUACGGGCUGGAGACGCUGAGGGACCUCUUCCCAAACCUCGCCGUCAUCCGUGGGAUAAACCUUUUCUUCAACUAUGCCCUGGUCAUCUUCGAAAUGAUUCACUUGAAAGAGAUUGGGCUGUACAGCCUUCAGAAUAUCACGCGGGGCGCUGUGCGGAUUGAGAAGAACCAUGACCUCUGUUACUUAUCCACCAUUGACUGGUCCUUUAUUCUGGAUCCUGUGGAGAAUAACUAUAUCGAUCGGAAUAAGCAGCAGAGCGAGUGUGGGGAUGUUUGCCCAGGAACCAUGGAGGACCAGCCCCUCUGUAUUAAGACCAGUGUGAACAACCAGUACAACUACCGCUGUUGGAACGCGAACCACUGCCAGAAAGUGUGCCCCAAGUCCUGUGGAAAGCGAGCUUGUAACAGCAAGGAUGGGUGCUGCCAUGAGGAGUGUCUGGGGGGUUGCACUGCCCUGAACAGCAACCGGGCCUGCAUGGCGUGUCAGAACUACUACCAUGAGGGCCAGUGCCUGCCCAACUGCCCGCCAGGCACUUACAAAUAUGGCGGAUGGCGAUGUGUGACCAAGGACUUCUGCUCCAAGCUCCAAGGCAACAGUCCCAAGGAACCGUUUGUCCUUCACCAGGGAGAGUGUAUCCUCGAAUGUCCAGCAGGCUACAUCCGAAAUGGCAGCAGCAUGUACUGCACGCCUUGUGAUGGUCCCUGUCCCAGUGUCUGCUCAGUGAAGACGAAGACCAUCGACUCUGUCACCGCGGCCCAGAACCUGCAAGGCUGCACGGUCAUCGACGGCAACUUGAUCAUCACAAUCCGCAGGGGGAACAAUAUCGCAGCAGAGUUGGAGGCAAACCUGGGGCUGAUCGAAACCAUUUCGGGGUAUGUGAAAAUCCGCCAUUCGUACGCCCUGGUCUCGCUUUCCUUCUUCAAGAGUCUGCGUUACAUCAAUGGGGAGGAUCAGCUGGAAGGGAACUAUUCUUUCUACGUGUUGGACAACCAGAACCUUCAGCAGCUGUGGGACUGGAGCCGUCACAACCUCACCAUCAAACAGGGGAAAAUCUACUUCGCCUUCAACCCCAAGCUCUGCGUAUCUGAGAUUUACCGCAUGGUGGAGGUGGCUGGUGUGAAAGGGCGACAGGGCAGUGCUGAUAUGGAGCAGAGGACUAAUGGAGACAGAGCAUCCUGUGAAAGUCACAUCUUGAAGUUCACGGCCAAUUCUACAGCAAAGAACAGGAUACUACUGAAAUGGGAGCGAUAUCGGCCUCCCGAUUACAGGGACCUCAUCAGCUUUAUUGUCUACUACAAGGAGGCACCCUUUCAAAAUUUGACAGAGUAUGAUGGGCAGGACGCAUGUGGCUCCAACAGCUGGAGCAUGGUUGACGUUGACCUUCCCCAUAGCAAGACCCAAGAGCCCGGGGUGUAUUUGACAAAUCUGAAGCCCUGGACCCAGUACGCCAUUUUUGUGAAGGCAAUCACACUCGCCACCUCAGAAGAUGGCCGCAACCAUGGGGCAAAGAGUGAGAUCAUCUACAUGAAGACAAAUGCCUCAGUGCCUUCAGUCCCCCUCGAUGUGCUGUCUAUGUCUAACUCCUCAUCUCAGCUGGUCGUAAGGUGGAAGUCCCCUGCCUUUUCAAACGGUAACAUCACCUACUACCUGGUGCGUUGGCAGCAGCAGCCAGAGGACACAGAGCUCUAUAAGCAUGACUACUGCCACAAAGGUAUGAAGUUGCCCACCAGGAUCUCAGCAACUGGGGCCAUCGAUUUGGAGGGGGAGGGCGAUGCCGACUCCAAGCAGUCUGGGAAAACGGAGCACGGGCAGUGCUGUACCUGUCCGAAAUCCCCAGACGAGCUGAAGGCAGAGGCAGAGGAAGUCAUGUUUCAGAAGUCAUUUGAGAACUUCCUGCACAACUCCAUUUUCAUGCCGAGACCUUCCAGGAAACGCAGAGACACGUUUGGGAUAGCGAACGCCACCCUGGGUGUGAACAACACCGCCCCGCCAGAACGGCACGGCAAUAAUUCCAACCCUGAGAGGAAGGCCGACUACCCCUUCUUUGAGAACAAAGUGUGGUACAAGGACAGAACGGUGAUCUCGAACUUGCGGCACUUCACCACGUAUCGCGUUGACAUUCACGCCUGCAAUCAUGAGGCUCUUAAACUCGGCUGCAGUGUGUCGGCGUUUGUGUUUGCCAGAACGAUGCCAGCAGAAAAAGCUGACAACAUACCGGGUCCGGUUAUGUGGGAACCCGGGGAUGAUGACGUCAGCAUUUACCUCAAAUGGCCGGAGCCCCCCAGUCCAAAUGGGUUGAUCCUGAUGUAUGAAGUGAGGUACAGCCGCGGGGACAGUGAGGUGCAGCAGGAGUGUGUUUCCAGGCAGAAUUACAAGCUGCAGAGCGGUGGCUGUAAAUUGGACCGAUUGAGCCCUGGGAAUUACACUGCGGAGGUGCGAGCCACCUCCCUCUCUGGCAAUGGCUCCUGGACUGACCCAGUGAUGUUCUACAUAAAGGCAAAACCACCUGGACCUGAUAACCUUAUGCAACUGGUUAUUGCGUUACCCAUUGCGGUGAUGUUGGUGAUAAUUAGUCUGGUGUUCAUGCUGUAUUUCUUCAACAAGAAGAGAAAUAGUGACAGACUUCCAAAUGGAGUUCUGUAUGCCUCUGUGAACCCGGAGUAUUUCAGUGCUGCUGACAUGUACGUGCCGGAUGAGUGGGAAGUCCCGCGCGAGAAGAUCACCAUGACCCGCGAGUUGGGCCAAGGCUCCUUUGGGAUGGUUUACGAGGGCGUUGCCAAGGGUGUGGUGAAGGGGGAUCCGGAGACUAGAGUCGCCAUCAAAACGGUCAAUGAGUCAGCCACAAUGCGUGAGCGAAUCGAGUUCCUCAAUGAGGCAUCGGUGAUGAAAGAGUUCAAUUGUCAUCAUGUGGUACGUCUGCUCGGUGUGGUCUCGCAAGGGCAGCCGACGUUGGUUAUCAUGGAGCUGAUGACCCGUGGAGACCUGAAGAGCUAUCUGCGGUCACUCCGACCUGAUGCAGAGAAUAACCCAGGCCAACCACCGCCCACCCUGAAGAAGAUGACCCAGAUGGCGGGCGAGAUUGCAGAUGGCAUGUCUUACCUCAACGCUAACAAGUUUGUCCACCGGGAUCUGGCGGCCAGGAACUGCAUGGUGGCUGAGGAUUAUACGGUGAAGAUUGGAGAUUUCGGGAUGACGCGUGACAUCUACGAGACAGAUUAUUACCGGAAAGGAGGGAAGGGAUUGCUGCCUGUCCGCUGGAUGUCUCCAGAAUCAUUGAAAGACGGCGUUUUCACCACCCAUUCCGAUGUCUGGUCCUUUGGUGUUGUCCUCUGGGAGAUUGCCACGCUGGCAGAGCAGCCUUACCAGGGGAUGUCCAAUGAGCAGGUUCUGCGGUUUGUGAUGGAGGGCGGAUUACUGGAGAGACCCGAAUCGUGUGCAGACAGCCUGUACGAGUUGAUGCGCAUGUGUUGGCAGUACAACCCGAAAAUGCGCCCUGCCUUCAUGGAGAUCAUCCAGACCAUCAAAGCUGACUUGGACCCGUCCUUCAAAGAGGUCGCCUUCUUCUACAGCGAGGAGUGCAAGGCCCGGGACGUCGAGGAGUUUGAGAUCGAGGCGGAUAAUAUGGAGAGCAUCCCCCUCGACCCCUCCUCCACCCUCCAGCACACUGACAAGCACUCAGGCCACAAGGUGGAGAACGGACCUGGAGUGGUCCUCAGAGCCAGUUUCGAGGAACGGCAACCCUACACCCACAUGAACGGGGGCAGGAAGAACGAGAAAGUGUUCCCUUUGCCCCAGUCAACAGCCUGCUGAUCCCCUCCCCACUCCUCCCUGGAACCAAGACAAGACAAACCCAAAACACACAAGCCACACACAGAGAGACACAUACAGGCACGCAUACACACGGGUACAGACACACACGGGUACAGAAACACACGGAUGCAGGCACACACGCACACGGAUACAGACACACACGGAUGCAGGCACACACGCACACGGAUACAGACACACACGGAUGCAGGUACAGACACACACGGAUGCAGGCGCGCACACAGACACAAACGCAGACAGGCGCGUGCACGUACACAGAGUCACGCCGACAAACACAUGCACCCCCACACACUCUCACAGAGAGAAACAAACCUUGUGUAUCUCUCAAUAGAUUUCAAGCUGCCAUCACUGCACGGUGGGAGAACCUGUUUAAAUCGCUACCCUCACAUUUCCAAAUGCAAACCGUUUUUUUUUCUGGGAAAAAAAACAACAGGGAGCUCAGCUGAACUUGUGAUACAAGACAGUACUAUCUCUCACUGCUUCAUUGUCUAAACAUAUCUGAAGUCCAACACAGGAACACUCAACAGAGAGCUUGGGCUCUCCCCUCCACUCCGUAGCACCAUCACUACUGGUCUUAGAUAUAUAGAUGUACACGGACCUAUAGUAUCUAUAUGUUUUUUGACUGAUCUGACCCUCGGAAUGGAUGUUUGUUGGGAGCGUCCAUUGCUUCUCUCUUCUGGGGCUGUCAGACGUGUCUUGGGUGUGGUCUCACACUGCAGCCAAAUUUUGCCAAAAUUCACAAAGAGGAAGAAACGGUUUUAUUCCAAAACGUGUUUCAGCUCGCAGGAGGGGGGAAGAGGAGAACUGGCAUUGCUCGUAACGUAGAGAUGAAAUUGGGCAGAGGGGAAAGGAGCACAGGUAGGUGCGGUCAUCAGAGGAGGGCAGCGUCGGAGGCGUCCCAUGUCGCUCAAUGGAAGGUGGUGUGUGAACCUGCGGUUAAGGCAAAUGGACAAAGAGGAGGGGCGCGAAGGACCCAGUCUCGAGAGUGU